UAUAAAGCAACAGAUUACGUAGUACGAGGAGCAGGGAAGUUCACGAUCUCGUUCGAGCCAGUAAAUGGUGACAAGAAGACGACAGUUGUGUAUGACUUCACUGGAGAAGGUGGUGUUAUGAUGGGCAUGUAUAAUACUGACGAGGUACAAUCUUACAUUUCACCAAAACUUUUAAGAUUUUCCUAAUUUGGACACCCCCGCUAUCAUUAUUCAUAUCAGAUUACUUCAUGGUUGAUGAGCGCGCGUACGAUUUAAAAUUUUUGUUAUUUAUUCGUUGUGUACUAUUUAAAGCACGCACAGGAGUGCUUUGUCAGAUAUAAAACACGAGUGCGCAGCACGAGUGUUUUUAUAUCUGAUAAAGCACCACUAUACAAGUAGUUUAAAUGACUUAAAAAUGACCCAUCUCAUGAGUUCAUUGGCGAAGUAAUUUUUAAAAUAAACAUUGUCUUUUAAUUAAUUAAUUUUAAAUAAUUUUUAAAAUAACACGAUUUUUUAUCACAUAUAAACCACCGACAUGGCAGUGACUGCCUUUGUCUUUUCCUCAUGAAUUAUUAAAUAUCCUCAUAAAUAAGAAUCGUACGUGCACUCACCAACCAUGAAGUAAUCUAUACUAAUACUAUUGUAGUACUGUUUAUGUUGUUGCACGGUUUGCCACCCAAAAAUUGCGGUGGCUAAUUUCAUUACGCUAUUCUCAUGGGCGGACACUUCUUUCUUGUGCUGGGAAGGGGGAUUUAGGUUGCGAACAUAUAGAGCCAUCUUUUCUUCCUGGUAGUCUUAGUUUUUUAAACUUUUUUUGCUUUAAAUUUCAUGCAAUAUAUACUGUAGCUGAAUUUUAUAACUUUCAUGGUUGAAAAAAACUGAUUGUUACAGUUCGUCUUUGCUGUACAAUUAUCCAACCAUCAUUUGAAGACUUUCUGAGAAACCUAGCGUUCGCCACUGACUAUCCUGUUUGCCGAUUAACAGGCGAUCCGAGAUUUUGCUCACAGCUGUUUCCAGUACGCCCUGCUCAAGAAAUGGCCUCUGUACAUGAGUACCAAGAACACUAUCUUGAAGCGAUAUGAUGGAAGAUUUAAAGAUUUAUUUGAAGAAAUUUAUGAAGAGUAA